AUGCAGCUCCCACAAUACAAUAAUAAGCCCUUCAAAUCACCAGUAAUACUUACCGAUACCCACACAAGAACUCCGAAUGGUGCGAAGCCUCCAACUCGAACUUAUGCUCCCAAACCAUUAGAUCUUGGAAAUAGUCGAAACAUCAUCAAAAAACGCCCCAUUGACGAUCAAACGCCACCUCUAACGUCCCAACGCUCAUCCAAAGCAAUCAGCUACUACUUUACUACGUAUCGCAAGCGAUCUACAAAGAAAAAUAAAACAUGGGACGGCGAUGGGAUCUGCACAAAGCUCAACAAUGGCGGACUCCGUUUCUAUAAGGAAAACGGACAAUUCAUGGGCACCAGUCAGGGCAUUCCCGCCGAUAAUGAAAUUUACGAAAAGAUCUUCUCCUGUGCUGGAUUUGAGGUCCAACUGGAUUCUCAGAUCUGUGAAGAACCGGAAAUCACACGAAUUGCGGCUAUUCUUGGCAAAUCAACCAGUGCCUCUGGCGUUUCUUCCAGAUCAACUAGUCUCUCCCCUUCACCACCAAGAAUUGUAGCGUCAAAAGUGCAUAAGCCGAACAUUGCGAUCCCAAUGGUUAAGAAGUCUACGCAGUUCACGCAAAGUACACAUCUCAGUUCGAAAACUAGAACAACCUCGUAUUCACCGCUGUUUGAUCCUGCUCAAGUGGAAAAUGCCCUAAUAAUGAACAGAUUUGAAGAGGCAGAUGUUGAUGUUAUUGUGGAUCCUAUUCUUUCAAGACAUCUACGACCCCAUCAACGCGUUGGAGUCAAGUUCAUGUACGACUGCGUUCUUGGACUAUCAAGACCUGCAGACUACGAGGAUGAUGGAACGACAGUUACGAAACUCGAGAAAAUGGACGAGCUAAACGGCUGUCUUCUAGCAGAUGAAAUGGGACUGGGUAAAACAUUGAUGACUAUCACGCUGAUAUGGACUUUGCUAAAACAAACACCGAUUCCGUCCAAAACUUCUCCAACCAUGUCAGGCCUUUUUAACCAUGGUGUAUGCGGAAAAGUUCUGGUGAUAUGUCCUGUAACGCUAAUCGGGAAUUGGAAGCGGGAGUUCCAGAAAUGGCUAGGUCUGAAUAGGAUCGGCGUACUGACGUUGAGCACCAAGAGUACGCCAGAAAAGGACAAACUAGAAGUCCGCAAUUUUUUGAAGGUCCAGAGAUCAUACCAGGUCCUUGUAAUAGGAUAUGAGAAACUUCUUAACGUCUCAGACACCCUAAUUGAGUGCCGCUCGAGCAUAGGUUUGCUUGUCUGUGAUGAGGGUCACCGCUUGAAGAAUAGUCAGUCGAAAACCCUUAACGCUCUUAAGUCACUAGACGUACCGCGGAAAGUGCUGCUCACAGGAACUCCCAUUCAGAACGAUUUAUCAGAAUUUUACACCAUUCUGAGCUUCCUCAACGAUGGGAUCUUAGGUUCUUUUCCAAACUUCAAGAGAGAUUUCAUAAAUCCUAUCACUGCAUCGAGAGACGUCAACAACAAGUACAACGAGAUUGUGCAGGGAAAGGGCGCAGCCAAAAGUCAAGAACUAAUCGAAUUGACGAAGAAACUAACACUUCGGAGAACGAGCGACACCAUUGCCAAAUUUCUUCCCCCGAAAACCGACAUUGUACUAUUUUGCCGGCCCACCUCACACCAAUACAAGGCUUUUGAAAGUGUGCUCAUGAACACUUCAAUCAAUAUGUCGAAUAUGACAUACAGCUCAUCGUUGGCGUUAAUCACACUUUUCAAAAAGAUUUGCAACUCACCAAGUCUCAUACGUCAAGACACAUUCAACCUCACGAAUGCCGAAUCGAAAAAUACAAUCACAAAUACGUUGGAGCCUGAUUCUGGUAAGCUCAGGGUAUUGUUAAAAAUUCUGAAAAACAUCAACACGUCGUACUCAGAGGAAAAAGUCGUCAUUGUCUCGAACUACACUAAAACCUUAGAUGUCAUUCAGCGUUUGUUGAACACGCAUAACUUUUCGAGCGUCAGACUGGAUGGGUCUACUCCCAGUAAAGAGCGCGACAAGAUUGUGAAUACCUUUAAUACAGUUCCCUCGGUAUUUGCAUUUUUAUUGAGUGCGAAAUCAGGUGGAGUGGGUUUGAACUUGAUCGGCGCUUCACGUUUGGUGCUCUUUGACAAUGAUUGGAAUCCAGCUAUCGAUCAGCAAGCAAUGUCCAGAAUUCACCGUGACGGUCAAGAAAAAGCUUGCUUCAUUUACAGACUCUUUUCCACAGGUUGUAUCGACGAAAAGAUCUUUCAGCGGCAGUUGAUGAAAAACAGCUUGAGCUCAAAAUUUAUGGGAGGACCAGGAAACGCGAAAGCUUUAGAGUCUAAUGAUGAUCUUUUUGCGGUUGAAGAACUGAAAGACCUCUUUACUGUUUUGACUGACACGCUAAGCAAUACACACGAUUUGAUCUGUUCAUGUGAAGGUUACGGAGACGAACAAGAUGACGAACAAGAUGACGAAAAUACUGAUCAAGAUUGCACAAAGGUGGAGAAAAUUCGUGCUUAUAAGCCUGGUCCUUCACAAUUUGAGGGCUGGACAAAUGCUAUGCAGCUACAAACAAGUAUUCAAAUCUCUCAGGAGGAGAGUGUUGCUGAAAGGGCAAAAUUAGUGAGAGAGUGUUUGACAGGAUACAAACAUGUCAAUCCCCAAAAUCAAUUGCAUCUGAAAGAUAGGCUGGCCAUAGACUGGAAAGCUGAUAUAACUUUUGCGUUUUUUAAAGAAUAUACUUUGUGA